CUGACAGUCGCGCAUCUUCAUGCCUUAUCUCAUCAUGGGACGUCUUUGUCAUCUUGAGCCUCAUAUGCAUGCUUCAGCUAUAGCGGCAUACAACCCACCGGGCAGGUUGAAGGUCAAAGCACCACACAGUAAGGUCCUAGGCUAUAAAAGAGGCAUGCCGUCCUUGACUAAGUUGAGGCUGCUAUCACUCACCUCUCUAGGCCACAGACGACACAACCGCUUCCAUCAUGGCCGAAUCAUUCUGCAUGCGCGGUGUCGAUGGCAAAGUCAAGCAACUUCCAGCCGACGUUCCAGACCUCAAGCCCAAAGAAGUCCUCGUCAAAAUCACGCACAGCGGUCUCUGUGGCACAGACGUCUUCUACAUUCCACACGGCGCCGCCCUCGGACAUGAAGGCGUCGGCAUCGUCGAAAAAGUCGGCGACGCAGUGACCGCCCACAAAGUCGGAGACCGUGUCGGCGGAGGAUACCUCAGAAGUAGCUGCGGAACAUGCAAAUACUGUCUCACCGGCAACGACAUAAUGUGCUACAACCGCGACAUCUACGGCCAUUCCAACUUCUCCAAUGGCACAUUCUCAACAUACUACACCGCGACCGAAUCGUACAUCUACCCGAUCCCAGAGUCGAUGCCGUCUGAGAUCGCAGCACCAUUGCAAUGUGCUGGAGCAACCGUCUACAGCGCCCUAAAGACACACUACCAGUCGGGCAUGCGCGUUGGUGUCCUGGGUAUCGGCGGCCUAGGCCAUCUCGCCAUCCAAUUCGCCUCGAAAAUGGGCGCCUCAACGGUUGUAUUCAGCACCAGCCCCGACAAAGAGGCUGAAGCGCGGAACUUCGGAGCCUCCGAGUUCGUGGUUCUCGGGCAGGAAGACAAGUUGUCCGCGCCCGUCGAUGUGCUCUUGAUUACCGCUCACAAGGCGCCUGAUUGGAACACGUUCAUGAGCGAAAAGGUCGUGUCAAGAGGAGCAGCAAUCGUCGUUCUAGGAGCCGUAGGCACCUCUUUGGAAGUUCCCUUCCUACCCUACUUCUUCAACUGCUACAAUCUGGUGACUAACCUGGUGGCGUCACGCGCAACGCACGGAGGGAUGCUUGCAUUCGCGGCUGCCCACGAUAUCAAGCCACUUAUCGAGGAAUUCAAGAUGGACGAAGAUGGAUUCGCCGAGGCCCUGGACAAGUUACAGACAGGAAAGAUCAGGUAUCGUGCCGUGUUGCAUGUCUGAGACUGAGUGUGUUUUACCAGAAUAGCCUCUGAUGGCCUUACAUUCGCUUGCAGAAAGGUUUCAAAAU